AUGGCAGACAUGGACAGUGCCGACGGUAGUCAGGUGCGCGAGCGGCCGUCCGCCAAACCGCUGCAUCUGCACAAUUCCAGCGACGCUAAGCAAAAAGUGCUGGAACUGAAUGAUCGACAAGGCCGAGGCCGUAAGAAUAACGAUAAAAAGCGUACCUACGGACGAACGCCAGAUGGUACAGUCUUCAUCGUGCCGCAGACGCACGAUAUGGUGUCUCAGUUGCUUUCGCCCUCGCAGCCCAAGAACUUAUCCGAUCUAGCCAUCCUCGCUGUGCUUGCUAGUCUGAUCUUGACCUUCUUCGUGCUGCCCAAAAGCGCCCGCAAACCCGUCUUCGCAACCGUCUUCCUGUUCUGGCGCGCUGCCUAUAACGGAGGCAUCGGCUGGUUACUAGAUGGACAGUCCAAGCACAACCGCUUGGUGCUUUGGGCCAAGAACUCGCACGUCUUCGAGAAGCCAGAGUCGGGCAAGAACCCACAUCCUGCCAUAUACCACUUUCUCAAGCGAGAAAUGGAGACCAAGAUCCCAACCGACUAUAAGUUCGAUGAAGCACCAAUCGAGUACAAUACAUGGCUAGUCUUCAGGCGAGUAGUAGACCUGAUCCUGAUGUGUGACUUUGUCUCGUACUGCCUCUUCGCCCUGGCCUGCUUCAACCGUCCUCAAGAGAGCGGGCUACUGUGGGCUCUCCGCUGGACAACGGGUGUUGCCCUCUUCCUGUUCAACCUAUGGGUCAAGCUGGACGCCCAUAGAGUUGUGGGAGACUAUGCAUGGUAUUGGGGAGACUUCCACUUCCUUAUUGACCAGGAUCUUACCUUCGAUGGCGUCUUUGAACUCGCACCCCAUCCCAUGUAUUCGGUUGGCUAUGCUGGCUACUAUGGUAUUGCUCUGAUGAUGGCGAGUUACAAAGUCCUUGCAAUUUCCAUCAUCGCACACGCUGCACAAUUUGCCUUCCUCAUCCUCGUUGAGAAUGUCCACAUCGACAAGGUCUACAACCCACCUGCACCACGCCGAACGCGCCACAACUCCGGACAAGUCGCUCCCGAUGAUUUCCCCAAGACCGGCCAGUCUGAUGGUGCAGUGGGCGACAUCGCACCCGCGCAUGACCCCGUGCAACAACCUGCCCCAAUGCACCGUAUUGUAGGACCCCAGAACACUGACUUCCAUCGCCUUAUCGAUGUCACCGUAGCACUUGCCUACUUUUAUUCAUUCUGCUUCGCGGUACUAACGCCCAACACAUGGUUCGUACGCACGUUGUUUCUGAUCAACGCCUUUGUGUGGCGAUUGUGGCACACCCUGGGCUUAGGCUAUAUCUUGGAUCGACAGUCGAAGAAGAAGAAUUGGACGCGUCACUUCAUCAAGUAUGGAGAUAGCAAGGAGGAGGCUUGGCGUCAGUGGAAGUAUCUCUGUCAUCUCAGUAUGAACAUGUGUUACGCUAGCUUCGUAUCAGCCGCUUGGAAAACAUACACACUGCCACCAGAUUGGUUCUCCGGGCUAACUCUUUUGAGACAUGUCGUUGGUAGUGCAUUGAUCGCACUGCAAAUUUGGGUCGCGUUCAGCAUCUACGACUCUCUCGGUGAGUUUGGCUGGUUCUUUGGUGACUUCUUUUAUGAUCCACCUUCAAGGAAUCUCACCUACUCGGGCAUUUACCGUUUUCUGAACAAUCCUGAGCGCAUUCUUGGUCUUGCUGGCGUAUGGGGCAUGGCGCUCAUCACAUGGAACGCACCCAUGUUUUACCAUGCGGCUACAGCACACAUGCUCAACCUUCUCUUCUUGCAAUUUGUCGAAGGGCCUCAUAUGAAGAAAUUGUACGGUCAAAAGCUUCGUGAGACUUCUGGGGUUAGUAAAACACUUCGGCAGGCGCUCCCUAGCCCGGUUCGUCAUUGGCAGUCAGCAGCCGACGUCUAUGUCAACUCAGUCAUCGAGAUCAUUGAGAGGUUCCUGGAUGAUGCCAAGCCCCGGUUCGCGCAUAGAAUUGACACUCUCAUCAGCGAUGCUUCGGCCUUGUUGAAGUUGCCCUCGCCACGUAUCCCCGUUUCACUACUCCCAGAAGACUUUGUAGGACUGGAUCCCAAGCAGUACAAGAUUGAGAUCAGCGGCACACUAUCACCUCCCACUGUGGAACAAGAAAAGAACGGCGGCCGCGAAGGCGAGCAGGCCAGGACUCCAGCUGUGCGCACCAGCGAGUUUAAGACUCUCGUGCUCGAGUACGGCGCACCGAUCCGGGUUCGCUGGCAAGCCCCUCUUAAUCACAGCAAAAAAGACUGGAUCGGACUGUACAUGGUGGCCGACAACCAAGCUCGGGAGGUGACGCGUAUAAGCUCAAACGGACGAUGGAUCGCGACCCAUCCCGGGGUUUACGAUUCUACACGGGCCGAGGAUGGAAUCCUUGUGUCUGACAAGCUUGAGCAUGCCAGCCCAUCGGAUGAGGAGGCGAAUGACUAUUACACGGGCGAGGUUGAAUUUCGCGGAGACAAGCUCUGGUGGACGACUGGUGUGUUUGAAUUUAGGUACCACCACGGCGGCAAGCAUCACGUCAUGGCCUUGUCUCAAGCAUUUGAGACUCGCAUCCCUCGAUUUGACGAAGAUGAUGUGGAGGUGGACGGCAACGGUACUGUUCACCAUGCUGUAGCACAGACCCUCUUACCGCUCGUUCAGAAUUGCUUUGAUCGCGACCCAGAGAUUGCGCCCAGCACGGUGGAUGAGAGCUUUGGGAGUUUGGUGGAGAGGGACGGCAAAUUCGCCAAGCGGGUUGUCUUCGCCGUGCAUCAGAUGUUCGGUAUAGAGUUCGCGCCCGAAGUUGUCCAAGCCGACGGCAAUGUGAGAAACCUUGCGUGGCGGAUUUGCAACGCAAAGAAGGUGCUGGCCCCAUAUAGCAUGUCUGCUAGCCGCGGCAGGAACACACCAACGAUGCGCUGA